AUGGUGCAGACACAUCCCUACAAAGUCUGCAGCGAUGCUCCUGUCCACAGACUUCAAGGUCGCGAGCUUCAAGUGUGCGCGAGUCACGUUGCAGGAAAGCCAGGUGGGUCCCAUUGGCCCCAAGCUGUUUCGGGGACUGAGGUUCAGCCAUUGGCAGAGCCAUAUUUCCUCUGUGCAUGACGCCUCCUUCAGAAAUCCCUUUGCAUGUUGUCGACAGUUUGGGUGUCCUCACCAGGGAGAGGGGCUUUGAGGGAGCCUGAUUGCCAGCGUGACGGUAGACAAACAAUCACAAAAUGUGGAUUUCUCAGAACUAUAAUCCAGCGUCCACAUCCAAGGCAUGACCCCAAAGGCCCAAGGAAAGCAAGAAUGUUGAGGAAAAUCCAGAUAUGCCUCUGCUUCUUCUUUGUCUCAGGCAUUUUGUACGAGAUCUCCCUGCUGUCUGGCUGUUUCUUCUCCUACAUGCCUAUGUCCAAGCACUUCUUGACACCUGAGCAGGUCUUGAAUCUCGGCAAAAGCAUCAUUUUUCUGGAGACAACGGAGCGUCUGGAGCCAACCCCACUGGUGUCCUGCUCUGUAGAGUCUGCUGCCAGGAUUUACCAGGACCGGCCUGUCAUCCUCUUUAUGAAGGGACUUACGAAUGACACGGUGUUGGAAUUGAACUCCAGCUAUGCAGCCUUCUCGCUUUUGUCUUCCAUGAAGAAUGUCUUCAUUUUUCCUCUCCAGAUGGAAACUGUCUUCCAGGAGACCCCUCUGCUCCAGUGGUACAACCAGGUGGUCCCGGAGCAGGAGAAGAACUGGAUCCAUGUCAGCUCUGAUGCCAGCAGACUGGCGCUCAUUUGGAAGUACGGGGGUAUCUACAUGGACACAGAUGUCAUCUCCAUCAGGCCCAUCCCUGAGGAAACCUUCCUAGCAGCACAGAAGUCAAAGUUCUCCAGCAAUGGGAUCUUUGGCUUCCCUGCCCACCAUAAAUUUAUUUGGGACUGCAUGGAGAAUUUUGUUCUUAAGUACAACGGGAAAAUCUGGGGGAACCAGGGGCCCUUUUUAAUGACAAGGAUGCUCAAAACCAUCUGCAAUCUCACAGAUUUCCAAGGCACCGAGGACCACAGCUGCCAGAACAUCUCCUUCCUUAAUCCCCAGCGAUUUUACCCCAUACCGUACCCAGCCUGGGGUCGGUACUAUGUGGUGUGGGACAAAAGCCCCAAUUUCAGCCACUCCUAUGCGCUGCAUUUAUGGAACUUCAUGAACCGCAACCGGAAAGCUGUGGUUGCAGGCAGCAACACACUGGCUGAAAAUCUGUACAAAGCCUACUGCCCCACCACGUAUGAGGACCUGAUCCAAAAUGCAAAGCUAAGGGAUUUCACAGACUCUGAGGAUGUUGUGUGACGUGGCAUAAGGAGGAGGAGGUGAUCCUUCCAGCCCUUCCCAUCCUGGGGUUAAAACACAGUCACCAUUGGUGUCAGCUGGCUUUGAAGGAGAAAGACAGACCUUUUCAAACCACUGUCCCUACUCCCUUUGGACACUAAGGAGCAUGUGCAGAAUGGUGGUGGGUAUUCAUCAGACAUACCCUCCCAUGACACUAAGGUCACCUUUGCCUCAGUUCUGUUUCCUUGUAGGCGCUCAUGAAGCAAACAUUCCUGAAUUGAAGGGACUUAGGGGCCUCACUAGUGAUCUUUUCCAAGGAAAAAUUUCCUAAGGAGAUGCAUGGCCUCCUGAGAGGAACUUCAGAGGCACCUCUGCACCCCUUGCUGCUGGCAGCUAGCCACGUCAAAAACGUUGCAGUCACAAGAGGUUUCGGACUGGGCUGAGGCCCCUGAGGCGAGUGGAAUGCAAAGGUAUCGCAGGGGAUGGAUGACAGCUGGUGAAGCCCUAAGCACUGUCUUUUCCUUUGUCUUUUUCUCGCAUGACUUUUACACCCUACGUUUUUGAGAGGGACCUUACCAGUGCAAGCAAAAAUAAAAUGGACAAUAAACCACCGCUCCUCUAAAUCUGCUUUCUCCUGCACGCCCCUACGGUCCCAUUUUUCCAAUGUUUGUUCUGCACUCCCGCUUUGGCUCUGUCCAGGAGGGGCUGCACUAUCCCAUCCUCUGAGCUCAGGUCUGGCUGUAAAGAGUCGCAUCUCUUCCUGGAAAGGAGAUGCUGAGGCACCAAGAAACGGUAGGGCUGAUCCUCCAGAUCUCCCAAAUCCCUUUGAAAUAAGUGGAGAUCAACCCACCUAGGAACAAGGUGCAACAGUUUAGAAAGGUCACACUUAUCCAGAUGUGCUACCUAUUUUUUGCCUUCUUAUCUCCUUGUUCUGUUCCCAUGUUGCAUUUUUUUGGACUCCUUCCCUCUUGCAGGCAUUCUGCUUACCCCAAAGGCUCUCGUUCCCAGAGUUUGCUGCUGCCAGCCCCCAGGAGCUGCCAUUCGCAUGGGUCACAGCAUCCCACCAGCCUCUCUGACCUCCCCCAUGUUGCUCCGCUUUAGAAUCAUGGCGUCAUUAAGGUUGGAAAAAGCCUCUUAAGAUCAUCAAGCCCAACCGUCCGCCCAACACCACACUGUCUACCAAAUCAUUUUUGGGGCCAUGCAUGCCUUGUCCAAAGUGGGACUGAGCAAGAGAAAUUCCCUUUUCACCCCAACAGGGCACUCAGUGACUUUUUUGCCAUAGGAGAUCAGUCAUGGAAUCAUAGACUCACAGAACGGUUUGGGUUGGAAGGGACCUCAAAGCCCAUCCAGUCCCACCCCUGCCAUGGGCAGGGACACCUCCCACUGGA